CGUCUGACUAAAAAUCCUCACACGUCAUCGUAGUCACAAUGAAAAAGGUUAUUCUUUGUUUUCUAAUUGCCACGGCUUACACCGCAUCAGCGGUGCCGUUAAAUUCGGGACUCUCCGAAAACCGCGAACACUCGCGUGUUAUUGAGUUUACCGAUGACGAAGGAGUCGUGCGCUCAGUAGACAUUGAUGAAGAACCUGACCAAGAUCUUUUGGAUGAAAUUGAACACGACUCCGAAAACUUGUACCAACUCUUUACCAGAAAAAACCCGAUCACACCUCAAACGUUGGUGAUAUAUGAUGUAGAUUCAAUCCAGAAUUCUAACUUCAAUCCUGACUUGAAGACGGUGGUAGUCGCCCACGGAUGGCUCGGAAGCCAGAACAAUGAGAUGAACGCCUUGAUCAGAGAUGCAUACCUUGCUAAAGAGGAUGUUAACCUAAUCGUCGUUGACUGGAGACGACUUGCGGUAGCCAACUACGUCACCGCUGCUCGUGGUAUCCCCGCAGUCGGUCGUGCUCUUGGAGAGUUCUUGCAGUUUUUGAACAACAGACACGGUUUGGACUACAACGAAGUCCAUCUUGUUGGCUUCAGUUUAGGCGCUCAUCUCGUCGGUAACGCCGGCAGAUUACUUAAUGGACAAAUCGCACGUAUCACAGGUCUUGACCCUGCUGGUCCUCUAUGGAACAUCAACUCUAACCGUCUGAACCCCAACGACGCCAUCUACGUCGAAGCUGUCCACACUGACGGUGAUACCUUCGAAGGUCUUGGUAUCGGCUCUGACGUUGGUAACGCUAACUUCUACGUCAACGGCGGUACCUCUCAGCCCGGAUGCCUCACCUUGAUCUGCAACCACAACCGUGCCUACAGACUGUUUGCCGCCUCUGUUACCUACGAUCACUUGACUGGACGUCGAUGCUCUAACAACAUUCAGCUCUCUUUGAACUUGUGCCGUGGUGACAGGCUCAACAUGGGCAACACUGACAUUAGGAAGUCCGUUACUGGAGUUCGUAAGUUCCGCGUCAACACCCGCAGGAGCUACCCUUACUAAUAAAUGAUGAUGUAAAUAUAAGAUAUUACUAAUAAUAAUAGUAAUUAUUAC